ACAACACUUUUUGGGGGCAUAGUGGCAUGUAUAACAAGCAAGACACAACCGCUUGUUUAUGAUGAUUUAUGGAAAAUAAAAUAUGUUUUCGCCCUGCAGAUUCUUUUAGUUACAAAGGUCACCUUUUGAAAUCCACUUCUGAGUGGAUCCAGUUCUUCAAGGAUGCUGGGAUUCCUCCCGGUCUGGCUGUGAACUACGCCCUGUCGUUUGUGGAUAACAGGAUCCAGAAGACCAUGCUUAUGGAUCUCAGUAAGGAGAUCAUGAUGGACUUGGGCAUCACUGUCAUCGGUGACAUCAUCGCCAUCCUCAAGCACGCGAAGCAAGUGUACAGACAGGACAUGUGUAAGAUGGCCACAGAGGCCAUAACGUCGGGACAGACUAGCGUUCAAGCCGAAUUGAGGAGAACUGCCAACACACAUGCUCACGCCUUGUUCGUUGAUCACCCCCGCCCCCCACCAGCCGCCACACGAAUGAUCGCCAACGCAUUGAGCAGAGAGUCCCCCCCAAGCACUCCGGUCCGUCGCCCCGACAACUGCCUCUCCGUAACAGUGUCAAACAAGCAGGCGGCCAAGAGCAGCAAAGCAGUGUUGAGCCGGACGGAGGAUGAGGGCAGCGGCGUCCCAGUGAAGCGGAGGCGAGUGACGGCAGAAAUCGAGGGGAAGUACAUCAUCAACAUGCCCAAGGGGACGACGGCGCGGACCCGCCGCAUCCUGGAGCAGCAGGCCAAGAGAGAGAAGGCAUUGAAACGUACCUCGGUGUUUGAGCGGCUCGGAGCCGAGACCAAAGCGGACACUACCACCGGGAGCAAGCCGACGGGAGUCUUCAGCCGGUUGGGCGAAGGUGACGCAGAGGAGGAUGAGGAGACGACGGCAGCGAAGGUGGUGAAAGGGGAGGAGGCGGAGAGCGACGAGGAGGGCUCCGUGUUGCAGUAUGCCGGCGUCCUUAAGCGGCCACCGGCCUCGCAAAAAAAAGGCCCCGCCCCCUCAAGCCAACUGCCCCGCAGGCUGCUCGGCAAGAAGGUCCCCAUCACUCUGCGCCGGCUGGGCAAAAAUCAAACCAAAUCAAAGCCGCCCGCCACCCCAUUCGCCCCCACUCCCCCCGCCCCCUCUACCGCUCGCGCCCCUGCCCUCAAACGCAGCAUCCUGAAGAGACUCGGCAAAGUGCCCCCAUCGCACGGCUCCGCCGACGCCGUGGGUGCCCCCCCGCCCGCCCCCCCGCAGCCCUCGGACACGCAGGACAGUCGCAUCACCAGCACCAGAAGCAAGGGCGGCUUGGCCUUCAUGCUGGCCAGCUCUAAGGUGAGCAGCAGCACUGGGGCGCUGGACUGCCAGGGGGCCCAGAUGGACCACGCUGGGACGGUCAGCGUCUUUAAGAGGCUGGGCAUCAAGAGGACCUGAAACAGGCCUGACCGAUGGCGUAGGGCGUCCUUUUUAUCCCCUAAACUCCUUACAGUCUCGGUACAUUAUUCUGAUUAAAGAGAAACAGCCAUAGCAGUGAUGCUCGAGGCGUCCCGACACUCCGGCGAUGAAGCGGCACGGGAUCCAGGCCGGCUUCAUUCCAUCUGGGUCCUGCAGGAACGAUCUUUGCCUUUUUAAUUACCUCAUUUCCUGUCCCUUUAUUUUUGGCUAUUUCGUUUUUCAUCGAUUUUUAAAUAUUCUUUUUUUUACACCUAAACCAUUGCCUUAUUCAUGGCAGUUGUUUUUUUUAAAGAAUAUUUAGGGCAUGGUGGAGACAAUGCUGGAAUCUCAUGGUUCCGCACAGUUUCGCAAAUGUAGGCGAUUUCAGCCUAAUCGGGUUUAUUCAUAAACAUCGUAUUAACCCACGUGAAGCGAAAUAGUUGCGACAGUAACGUAAGAGUGGCAGGCAGGACAGUUCUCCACGGGUGGGGGGGGGGGGAGGGGGGUUUGCCAGCUAACGGGUUGGCAUCAGCGGUGCUGCUUCAUGCCCUUGGCUGCUCCCUUUUGACAGGCGAAUUAUCGGGCAGCUAUUUUUUAUUUUAUUUUAUUACCUUCAUCUUCUCUGCAGCUGAACAGUGUUCUUCCCCAGUUGCCAGAUGGCCGUUUGUUCAGUGGGGAAUUUAACCCAUAUGUAGUGUUAAUCACCCAGAGAACACCAGGCAAAUUGGUCGAGUGAUGAAUCCUGUCCGCCUGUCCACUCGGUUUCGUGACGUCACACGAGCGGCGUGGAUGUGUGUGUUUUUUGUUCCCCUUUGUUGCCAACUUAACCAGCAUCAGCUUAGAGUCGAAAGAGCUUCAGAUUCAUCAAUACACUUCCUGAGGUGGCUGUAGAUUUUGCGCGAUUUAAGCCAAUUUUUCUAUGCGUGUUAUAACAUGCAUAGUACCUUAAUUAGGCCUAUGUAAAGUAAUUAGCCAUACAUUUUAUUUUGAUGUGACACUGUAACUGUGUAAUUUUUUAAUAUGUAAUGGAACUGGUUAGUAGUUUCUUUGUCAUGCCGAAAUGCUCCUGAGAUGAUAAAAAAAAGGUUCAAAAUCA